AUGACUGCAGACCAUAUCGGCCCGCUCUCAAAGGCACCUCUGAGCAUUGAAUCAUGCCCAACAACGACUAGUCAAGAAUCGCCAUCUUUGAACAACAAAGAGCAGAUUGUUAGCUCUAGCUCUGGUUGCGAAAACCCUCAAGCCACGGCUGAAGCCCAAGAUCACGACUCGAAGCUUCAGGGAUAUGGUGGUCAUGAGACUAAACUUGUCUCAGGGGAGGGCGACACUGAGAGACUACAAGCAUGUUUGAAGCACCCCGAAAUAUCUGAUGAUGCACAGCCUGCAUCAGGGACACAUUCAAAAGGGGUUGAGAACAUAACUACCAAAACCACAGCAGCGUCUGGAAAACCCUUAGCAAAGCCAUCUUUACUACAAUCCCAACCAGCUCCGGCGGCGUCUCCGCGACAAGACGGCUUGAUGCUACAUGGUAUGCUAGAGACAAGGAACACCGCCUUCCCGUCUAGUAAGUCUGACGCUUCGGCUCCCUCUCGCAAAUUGCUACCCGGGACUUCUACUCUUCAGGGUCAAUUGGCGAAAGAAAAUAACGUUGGGCUUCCCAGGCCAAUCCUUAACAACACCAAGAAGACGAGUUUGCCGCCAAAUGCUUCCAACUCUCCCACAUCCCCUGAUCGAUUGUCAUCCGCGGCGUCUGGGAAGGCACAUCAGCAGAAGAAGCCAUCAAAACCUUCAUCAUCAUCAUUUGGCCCGCGCUACAAACAGGCAUCUGGUUCGACCAUUGCGAGCGUCUAUUUCAAGGGUAACGGCUCUUAUUAUACGCCUUUCAACUCGGAAUCCCCGGGCGUAAGCAAGCAUCCCUCCAAACGUGCAAUGAACGGUACAGCGAGCACGGAAUCUAAACUACGCCCGUCGUCUGAAAAGGGCCACCUGGAAUUAUCAUCCCAACUGUCUCAGCCCGUCCCUGGAGUUUCUGCUCUCACUUCCAUGGACCCCCGUCAGAAAAGUCAGCAAGCUCACUCUGAGAUUUACGGAUCUACCAGCUCUUUGAACCAGCUCCACAAGAAAUCGAAAGACCCCGAUCCUUCGGAGGAUACCCAAGAAACAUUACGGGAUGACCGAGCUUCAGAAGACUCGGAACUGUCUGACGUCGAGAGUAUUGAUCCUCGGUCCUUCAGCUCCAAUACCACCGCCAGUACCCUGGGUCGACUUCCUGGGCUCAUUAUCGUCGAUAGUGACGAUGACGAUGACGAUGAUGACAACAACGACGACGACGCUCGGGUUACUUACGAUGCUGAGAAGGACGACGGUGGCCGGGAAAACGAUGCUUAUGCGGACCUUCCUGAUAACAGUGUAUCAGUUACGAAUACAUCUUGUCCUUAUACUAAACAUACCAAAGACUCGGCCCUUGAUGAUACUCCGUACAAAGUCUGCAAAGAUCAGUUCGGUAACAUAACCAAGACAGAAGGUGCACUAAUACCCAUCGGCUAUCAAUUCUUUGAUGGCGAUUUUCCGUGGAUAUGUCCUGUCCGAUCCUGCAGAACAGUGCACCCAUCCAUCAAGGCCCUGGGGAACCAUUUUAGCCAUGGACACAAAGGAGCUUGUUACAAUGAUAACCUGGAUGGUACUUUGACAUUCUUGGGUCAGUAUACCAAAAUGCUGAACAAGCAACCUCCAAUCAUUGUUAGCAAGAAAGCCAUGAGUCUUGAUGACUCGCCAAUGCUCGAGCCGUCGCAUACAGUAGCGAACCAUUACAAGUUCAUUUCCGGGCUUCCUGGAGACAAGUUGAAUGAGCACACGCAGAGGCGUCAGUCACAGAGCAAUCAGCUUGUAUCUGGCCAGGCUAUUGUUGCCGUUCGAGAUUCUCCCCUACCGAAACCCGAAAAGACCUUGACUAUGGCCGAUCCAGAUCGUCCUUAUAACAUGUGGCCUAGCCCGCAAAGGGGCAGCGCCACUAACUCUAGGGCUGUCAUAGAUGCGACAGGGAAGCUUGAGCAACUCUAUGGUGGCCUGCUUCCAUCUGGAUGGACUCCGUACUAUGAGUAUCCGAAGCGCCAGUGGCUAUGUCCAAUCCGGUCAUGCCAGUGCUUGACGAAAAGCCGGUAUCAAUUUGGCCGCCACUUCUUGACCCAUCGUGGUUGUCACAUGAAUGACAACCUUGAUGGGACGUUUACCAUACUCCGCAGCCCAUCUCAAGCUCAGCUGGAUGAUAAGGAUUAUACCGACGCACCCUCAGCUGUCGUCUCACGCGAGCCAUUGGACAUUGAACCUAUCCAAUCGCCAAAGAUCAGAGUCAAAGAUCCAUCAGGUACCCAGCCUAUUUGGUUCAGCCUCAGUUUGUAUAUGAAGUCAACCACAAAAGGGCAUGGGAAAGCUGUCAAAAAUACCACACCCUAUUCUGUCCCAACAAAGAAUAAAAUUGUACAACCAGGACUGAGGGAGACCCCAUUGAAACUGGUCACAGAGGAAACACGUGGUGCCUUGAUCCCAGAAGGGUAUGAGUUGGAUAAGACUUGGCCUGGCCGACCAUGGAUCUGCCCUAUUCGCUCUUGUCGAGUAGUUUGCAAGAACACUUGGAGUUUAGGAUCACAUUUUACGAAAAUGCAUUCAUCAGUUAGCCUAAACGAUAACAAGGACGGCACGUUCUCCAUUGUAGGCACGCACCAAUAUGGAGCACCUCGUGUGGUAUCAAAGCGCCUCGUCAGUCUUCAUAAGGAUCCAGUCGUCGAAGCAUGCCUUCCCGUUCUUAAGAAGGUGGAGAUCGAAGAGGAGGAAAGAAAAAGAAGUCAAAUGGAGAGUUCCACGCACAAAUUCACCACAAAAAAACCUGCCACGAACUCAGAAGAACUCUGGAAGUACUUAUGCAGCAUGGUCGACCGCGAUCUCACGAGGCCGAGUCAUCCGAGCUUCAACCAUCUUAUGGCCCUCCCUCGAAUUCGAGAUUUAAACAUCAUCGACAAGAAACUGGACCCAAAGCAACUGAAACAUUCAGCGCUAGGAGUGGCUUUGGUUAUUCAAGUAACAGGAGUGGAAAGGCUGGUAAAACAAUGCACAGCAUGCCGCCGCGGAGAUGGUCCGUUCUACGAGUGUGUCAGCAUAUGCCCGGAACUUGCCCAUGAGAUAGCCGAGUCGAGUCCACAGUUGGUGACAUCGCCCACCAAUCGCUGGUGUUGUAUGAACUGUGUACUCAAUAAGUCGGCCACAAUGUGCAGUCUCAAGGCUUCUAUGCUGGAACGUUUGGAAGACGGCAGAGUUAAAGAAAACAUACAACAAUGGAUGAUAUCUCCACAACGACAUGCAGCCAUGGUCAAGCGGAAGCAUGUUUUUGUGGACGAUGAGGCGGAUAAGGAUGUUGACCUCUAUCGUCAAGAUGCAACCAGCUUUAGCUAUCGACGAUCUGGGCGUCUAAGGUCACUAGCUGAAACCACGCCUUCCGAGUCACAGAAACGGCCGUUCGCUUCGACGGAUAUGGCGUCUGCAGCCUCUCAGGUCGUUUCAACUACACGGGAAGAAAUUGCGAGCUCUCUGCGAGGCUCGAAACGAAUUCGUGGCACGCAAAACGCUCCUCGCCAAGAUCCUACACCGAGCGCGAUCCAAGAAUCCCUGGAAGUAGAGGAUUGGGAAAGGGAAGCAAAAGCUAUUCCCAGAGAAAACGGUCCUUCCGACAACCUCGCCCUCUCCUCCUCUUACAAUCUACCCACCCACCAAAACUCCUCCACCUCCUCCAUCCAAAUCUGUGCCUCCUCAUCUUUCUCUCUCCACAUCAUAAAAAUCCCCGUGGGAGGCUCUCAUGAACUCCCAGCCACAUCAGACGUGUCUCCGUCAUCAUCUUCCCGAAAACAACAGCAUGAAACUCGCAUGUGCACCGUCAUUGCUGGCAAGUUGCGAGUCAAGAUAAAAACAGUGGAAGACGAGACAGAAGGUAUGGAGUUCAAUAUUGGAGUGCAUGGCUUGUUGAAGUUGGAAAAGGAGAUGGAGUGUAAGUUUGAAAAUUGGGGGUAUAAUGAGGCGGUUUUGCAGGUCGUUGGUGUUAGUGGGGAGUAG